AUGGCCCGCGUCCGAAUCAUUACUUCACUCCCCGCGUCGUCGGGCUCCAGCGACGCCUUGGAAUGGCGUUUCCCUCCUGACCUAGAGUCUGAGAUUACCACCCUGGCCGCCUUGUGCCAAGAGGGGGAUGAUGAUGUGGACAAUUCGGCGGAGGACGAUAAGUGUACUAAUUUCUUCUCUCGACUCUCCCUGGAUGACGACACCGAAAUUAAGAGCGGCUUUCUCGAUCGACUCGCCGAGUUGCUUUGCUAUAAGAAAGACCCCGCAUUGAUUGCCAGCACGGCCUUAAUAUACAGUGACGAGGAGGCUACUAUCGUCGCCGCCCGGAACUCGUCUUCGGGCGGGGACACGUGGUCACAUAGGGACUGCAGGAUGCUCGAAGACCUAUCCGAAAUCCUUGAAAGAAUAUCCUUUGAUGAUACUUUCGAGUCUCACCCACUUCCUCGGCUACAGCGCACUUUGGUCGAAUAUUAUUGCGAACGGAUUCGGCACCACGCCCAAAUUGUCAUGUCCAUAGAGAAUGGGAAGACGGGAUUAACGUUCUUCAAAGAGGACGGAUGUGGUGGAGUUGCUUCCGGCCGUCUGGAUGUUUACCAAUUUGCUAAAACCGUCGAGGACUUGUCUCACAACACCGACUUUUAUGCAAAACUAAAGGCCAAUCUGACAUCUACGAAGCUCCGGCGCAUUGUGGAUGAGUUGGGGUUUAUCAGAAGGCCAAUGCAAGGCGUAGUUGAUCUCUUCCUCGUCGCUCAGAGGUGCUCUGGUUUUCGCAAUAUCAAGAUCAUCUUGCUGAACAGUCUCCCAGCUAGGAAAGUCAAGGCAUGGCAGCUGCCCGAGGCAGAUACUUCCCUCACUGCCCAACUAAAAGCGAGGUUCUACACAGAGGCCAAAAAGAAAAAGAACAUUCAUGCCGAAAUGAUGCUGAUGAUGUAUCUCCUUGGCCUCCGGACCCCUAGAUUGGAGGUUUUCCCAUAUCUUGGGAUCAGCAAGAAAACGUGCCUUCUUUGUGGCCACGUACUUAAGGAGAUAGGUCAAUUCGAGACUCGAGGGAACCACGGCAAGUGUUAUUCUCAAUGGACACUUCCCUCAACGCUGUGGACCGAGCCUGAGACCACUGAGAAACUAGACAUGGCCGUCCAGCGUUUAAGAGAUAUCCUUCGAGAGGAAACGACGGAAGAGGUUCCUCAUAUGGAUGCAGAGAAGGAAUCGGUGAUUGCAGCCCCAAUCCCGCCAAUAUAUAGGAAGGUGACGACGAUUUUCAAUGCCGUGGUUGAGGACCCCAGACUUCCAGGGAGGGAAGCAGAGUGGAUUUCGGCGUUUCGUAGGCGUGGUAGCGAAAUCGGAACGGCUCCUACCGAGGAUGGACGCCCCGUCAUUUCCGACUUGAGGCAUGACAAGGCAGGCGCGCCGAGGGGAGAUACCGAGAGUCCCAAGAUUGCUAAUCCAACAGCUUGCUCGUUCUGCAAAGUCACCGGCGAACUCGCCAAUACCUGUACAAAUUGUGGUAUUGCCGCCUACUGCGAUAUCGAUUGCUGCCAUGCGGAUUGGUAUCGACACAAGUUUUCUUGCAGCCUAGGGAGGCCAAUCGAUGUUACAGAUUACUUGGUGCUCGCCUGCCACACGAACCAGUAUCCGCAGGAAGAUGAUGUAGCCGAACAAUACGGCUUUAUGUGCUUUGCCACUGGGAAGGAUCGGUCGAGGCUCUUCAAGCUUUACCGCCGGCUCGUAAUUGAGUGGAACAUAGAUGAGGAGGAGCUGCGUGCUGCGGUGAAGCAGAACAGGCUCAAAGAGAUGCUUACUUUUCGGUGCGGUCAAACCGGAGAUUUCGUAAUGUCAAGUGACAAGCAGUGGCUGGAGAGCCAAGAGGGAUUCGGAGUCAACGGCAAAAGCCAGGGGCUCAUCACUAUCAUUGAAGCGGCUCAAGAAGAGCUCUUGAGGUCCGACGAAAGAAAAUUGCCGUUUACCGAACUUCAGCCCCCCGAAAAGCGAAGUGCACUUCUGUUCUAUGUCCAGAUUCGCAAUGGAUUCAAGCCAGAUGUUGACGAGGACAACUGGAUCUUGUUGGGAUUUUGCACAGCCCCGGACGCCAUCUCGGAAGAUCGACUCUGCUCUGCAUAUGAAUUACUUGUUGGGCGCUGCACGUUUAAUGAGUUCGUGAGUUCUAUGACAGAGUCGGGCAUCGUGGAAUUGUUCGGCAUAUACGGGCUUGCGGACCGAAUCUUGUGCAUGCGCAAUUUCAAGGAUUUCAUGGCCACAGUAAAGAAAUGGCACCAAAGCGUAUGGGAGCUUAAGCGAUUUACACGCAUGAACGUGUCUGAUCCGUUCCGAGCCGUUGUGGUUGACUACGGCUUUAUGAAUUGCAAGGAAGCACGCCAACGGAUGCAGCUUCGAAAGAUGUACCAGGAGUACUUCGAAAGGGGAGAAAAUGAGAUGAAGCUCCACGAGGCUUGCAUCGCCGGGAAACUGGCAAGCUUCCUCCAGUCAGUCUGUGGUAGACUGCUGAUGCCCCCGGACUUUCUCAGCAAUCCGUACCCGUUGGAAAACUACCCUCUGAUGGGGAUGGUGGCGCAUUCCGUUACAAUGUGUCCUGAGUCUGCAUUGGAUCAAGUUAGGGCUCUAGAGUUGGCCCGAGGGGACGAGUCAAUGAUAAUAACUAUUCCAAAUGCUGAGGAUGAAGCUCACAUUCGCUUCCUUCAUGACAGAGCUGCGUUUCUAGGAACGGGACUGAGAAAGCGAUACUAUUCUGGUUCAGAUGAGAGAUAUAUUACGGAGUUUACGAUAUAGUUAGGAAGGCUGUGUUUGUAGGUAUUUCCUGGCUUGUUUUGUUUCGUCUUGUUUCUUUGCUGUUGCUAGGUACAAGCCAGUUAUCAACUGGUUGUGUGGAGGUCUGAGCGAAUGGGUGUUGCUGUGCUGAGUAAACUAUUAAUCAGAAGUAAUUCAC